GAAUACCAGUCGGGCGGGGUUGGGUCUGGGCUCAGCUGUCUGUCCUCAGCUUACAAGGAAGAGCUAUGCACAGGGCUGGAAGAUGGCAGAGCUGCAGAUGUUACUAGAGGAGGAAAUCCCUGCUGGGAAGAGGGCUCUGAUUGAGAGCUACCAGAACCUCACCCGGGUGGCAGAUUACUGCGAGAGCAACUACAUCCAGGCUCCUGACAAAAGGAAAGCAUUAGAAGAAACUAAAGCCUAUACCACCCAGUCCCUGGCCAGCGUAGCCUACCAGAUCAAUGCAUUGGCCAACAAUGUCCUGCAACUUUUGGAUAUCCAAGCCUCCCAGCUGCGUAGAAUGGAAUCCUCCAUUAACCAUAUCUCCCAGACUGUGGACAUUCAUAAAGAAAAGGUGGCUCGCCGAGAAAUUGGCAUCCUGACGACAAACAAAAACACAGCAAGGAGCCACAAAAUAAUUGCGCCGGCGAAUAUGGAGCGUCCUGUCAGGUACAUACGGAAGCCUAUUGACUACACGGUGCUGGAUGACGUAGGCCAUGGGGUUAAGUGGCUAAAAGCCAAGCAUGGAGGAAAUCAAGCGGCAAGAACUGGUACCUUGACCAGGACAAAUCCACCCACGCAAAAACCGCCAAGUCCACCAAUGGCUGGCCGCGGAACUUUGGGGAGAAAUACACCGUACAAAACGCUGGAGCCAGUCAAGCCUCCCACGGUUCCGAAUGAUUACAUGACCAGUCCUGCUAGAAUUGGCAGCCAGCACAGUCCUGGAAGAACAGCAUCCCUGAAUCAGAGACCAAGAACACACAGUGGCAGCAGUGGAGGAAGUGGUAGUCGGGAAAAUAGUGGAAGCAGCAGCAUUGGUAUUCCCAUAGCUGUGCCAACGCCAUCUCCACCAACUAUUGGGCAAGGUACUAUUGGUGGCCCACCACCUGCGCCACCAGCUCCGCCCCCACCUCCACCCCUUCCUCCAGUGAGUGGUGGUACCAUUCCUGGAUCCCAGUUUGGCUCUAUGACCAGGCAGAUCUCACGACACAACUCAAACACGUCUUCUGCCUCUUCUGGCGGCUACAGACGAACCCCGUCUGUGACCUCUCAAUACUCUGCUCAACCCCAUGUCAACGGUGGUCCACUUUACUCUCAAAACUCAAUUUCUCUCGCUUCUCCCCCUCCCCCAAUGCCUCAAUUGACUCCACAGAUACCUCUCACAGGCUUCGUGGCCAGAGUGCAGGAAAACAUUGCUGAUAGUCCAACACCCCCACCUCCUCCACCACCUGAUGAAAUCCCAAUGUUUGAUGAUUCCCCUCCUCCCCCACCUCCACCCCCAGUUGACUAUGAAGAAGAGGAAGCUGCGGUUGUGCAGUACAGUGACCCAUAUGCAGACGGCGAUCCAAUAUGGGCACCCAAUACCUACCUUGAGAAAGUUGUUGCCAUUUAUGAUUAUGCAAAGGAUAAGGAUGAUGAGCUGUCUUUCAUGGAGGGAUCAAUAAUUUACGUAAUCAAGAAGAAUGACGAUGGCUGGUAUGAAGGAGUUUCCAAUGGUGUAACCGGCCUUUUUCCUGGGAAUUAUGUUGAAACAAUCAUGCACUAUGCGGAUUAAAAAUAUAUUUUUUUUUUUUUAAAGAGAGAACAUUGAGUUCAGUACAACACGUCUAUUCUGGUUUUAAAUUUAAUUGUAAGAAGUAACGUCUGCGUAUAUGUAAAGCCGUGGCUUGGGUUUUUAUCUCUUCUUCUUUUAACCUAUUCGGCGCCUGCGCACAUCUUUGUCGCCAAAAGGGCACAGGCAUUUGUGCUAUGGUGGAAUGUCUUCUCGUGAGCCUCAAAAGACCAAUUGCAGACGUAUCAACAGGGGGCGCCAGUUGUUUCUGCUUCUGUAUUCACUUCUCAGUCGUUGAUUUUAAUGACCAGCGUAAAUAUUCCAUUGGGUUAUAGGGUGUAGUAUUUAAUAAUGAAUUCAUCUUGUGCCAUUGCAUUUUUAUUUUCAGUGCAGCAUGGAAACUAACACUAAGUUAGACGAACAUUAACAGUUGGACUAUGAUUUAAUGCUACUACCGCUGGUCGUACUGCCUUUUAAUUAGAUAAUCGCUCAUUCUAAUUAUUAAACAAUUUGUUUAAAGCAUGCAUACAGAACUUAUGUACUGAAAUAUUUUUUUAAGAAUCCACAAUGCUUCCAAUAUAUUGUAACAUUUACCAUGAGUACUCACACAUUCAAGGAUUUGUGAAGUCUUUUAAAGUGUCCAUUUGUGAAUCAAAAAAAAAAAAAUGGUUGUAAUAUGUAUUUUGUAAUUUGUAUGCAUUUCUUUUCUUCAACCAUUUUGAAUAUCACUUUCCUGAAUACAUAACUGCUUUAAUGGACUGUACCUUUCUGGUUUUAAAUUCUGGGGAAAAAAUGUCUUUUGACGUACUUUGGGGGCGCUUAUAUUAUAUCCAAUCACGAAAAGAAAAUAAUUGGUCAGAUACAGUAAAGCCAAUUCUGAUGAAAAUACUUUUCUUUGAUUUUUAAAUAGUAGUGUUUCCUAUUACUGUUGUCAAAAACUGCUUUCUGAGGUUUAAUAUAAAUGAAUCAUUGAUUUAUUGCUAGUAUCCUGUAUGACAUGUUUUAUCAUUCAAAUAGUACACCAAGGACAAAUUUUGGACUUUGAUA